AUGCCAAUCAAGUUCUCCAAAGAUGUGUCUACCCACUUGUUCAAGUACAUCAGAACGAUUGAUAUAAAGUUCAAUGCCUUGGAUGCACGGGCGACAUCAGCCAAGGAACUCAUCCGACGAAUGAAGGCACCGCGAUUUAGCAAAGCCAAUUCCAAACUCAAAGUUCUGGUAGACGUCAACUCCAAACCAGAUCCUCCGUCUGUACUGUUCAAGAUGGUGGACGAGUCAGAGCUAUUCUUUGACAGCCGAGAGUUCGAUAUCGAAGAAAUGAUGUUCAAGGUCCAUCUGACAACCAUGCAGCUUGAUAAUCAGUUCGAAAUUGACGGGAAAGAUAUUGAUGAAAUCGACUAG